AUGGUUAAAUCCAGGGAGAAGAAGCUGUUGGUGGCUUCAGACGACUAUGGACGUGAUCUGACCGGCGUGCAGAAUCUGCAGAAGAAACACAAACGGCUGGAGGCUGAGCUAGCCAGCCAUGAACCUGCUAUACAGGGCGUGCAAGAAGCAGGCGAGAAGCUAAUGGAUGUGUCCAAUUUGGGUGUACCAGAGAUAGAACAACGUCUGAAAGCUCUGGCUCUAGCGUGGGAGGAACUCCAAUCGCUGGCAGCAGAACGUGGAGCCAAACUGCAGCAGUCACUCGCAUACCAGCAGUUCCUUGCCAAGCUGGACGAGGAGGAAGCUUGGAUCAGCGAAAAGCAGCAGCUAGUGGUGGUGGGCGAGUGCGGCGACAGUAUGGCGGCCGUGCAGGGGCUGCUCAAGAAGCACGAGGCGCUGGAGGCGGAACUGGCGGCGCGCGGGGAACGGGCUAAACUGGAGAAGCUGACAUCGCUGGCGGCUCGCCGUAAGGCCGCCUUGGUGGACAACUCUGCGUACUUACAACUCCUGUGGAAGGCCGACGUGGUGGAGUCCUGGAUCGCGGACAAGGAGACCCACGUACGAUCCGACGAGUUCGGACGGGAUCUGUCCACUGUGCAGACGCUGCUCACCAAACAGGAUACUUUCGACGCUGGGUUGGCGGCGUUCGAGCACGAGGGCAUCCAGAACAUCAGCAUGCUGAAGGAGCAGCUGGUGGGCGCGGGCCACGAGCAGGCGGCGAGCAUCUCCAAGCGGCACGCGGACGUGACCGCGCGCUGGCAGCGCCUGCUGGCCGCCUCGCUGGCGCGCAAGCAGCGCCUGCUGCAGCUGCAGGACCAGUUCCGGCAGAUCGAGGAGCUCUACCUCACCUUCGCCAAGAAGGCGUCCGCGUUCAACUCGUGGUUCGAAAACGCAGAAGAAGACCUCACGGAUCCAGUUCGCUGCAACUCUAUCGAGGAGAUCCGCGCUCUCAAAGAUGCGCACGCACAAUUCCAAGUCAGUAUCUAGAGCAGUCUUUCGUUCACUAAUAACAGUUUUAUCAUCAUCAGUAGUCAAUAAUGUCCCCACUGCUUGGACUCGGGCGUUAUCCAUGGCCAUAGCCCAUCACAUGGGCCCAGUGUGGAUUUCUGGAUAUUAACGAUUUACGCAGCCAGGACCAAAAAUUUAAGGAAAAAGUUUUUUAGACACCAUUUCAUGACAGACCUUUCUAAAAAUUACAUAACAUCAACAAGACCAAAUGCUCAUAACGUAACCAAAUGUUAUCGUAUUGAAUAAUUAAGCACCACAUGUUUGAUUUAUAAAUACCAAUUUAAUAUUGUACAGGCGUCGCUGUCAUCAGCGCAAAGCGACUUUGAGGCGCUAGCAGCUCUGGACGAACAGAUCAAAUCUUUCAACGUGGGCGCCAACCCUUACACCUGGUUCACUAUGGAGGCACUCGAGGAGACCUGGCGCAAUCUGCGCAAGAUUAUUGCCGAACGUGAUGUCGAACUAACUAAAGAAGCACAGCGUCAAGAAGAAAACGACAAACUGCGUAAGGAGUUCGCCAAGCACGCCAACGCAUUCCACCAGUGGCUCACCGAGACACGUACAUCAAUGAUGGAGGGCACCGGUUCCCUGGAGCAGCAGCUGGCGACUCUACGGGCACGCGCCGGGGAGGUGCGCGCGAGACGUGCCGACCUACGACGACUGGAGGAACUGGGGGCGGCGCUGGAGGAGCACCUGAUCCUGGACAAUCGCUACACGGAGCACAGCACCGUGGGCCUCGCCCAGCAGUGGGAUCAGCUCGACCAGCUGUCCAUGCGCAUGCAGCAUAACCUCGAGCAGCAGAUACAGGCCCGCAACCACUCCGGUGUAAGCGAGGAUGCUCUGAAGGAGUUCUCGAUGAUGUUCAAGCACUUCGACAAGGACAGGUCUGGACGUCUGAACCACCACGAGUUCAAGUCAUGUCUGCGCGCGCUCGGUUACGAUCUGCCCAUGGUCGAGGAGGGACAGCCUGACCCGGAGUUUGAAGCUAUACUCAGUCAGUAUAAUGUGUCGCUGCAGGAGUACAUGGCGUUCAUGAUCAGCAAGGAGACGGAGAACGUGCACUCCUCCGAGGAGAUAGAGAACGCCUUCCGCGCCAUCACCGCCCACCAGGACCGCGCAUACGUCACCAAGGACGAGCUAUACGCGAAUCUAACGAAGGAGAUGGCGGACUACUGCGUGGCGCGCAUGAAACCUUACGUAGAACCGAAGACGGAGCGUCCCAUACCCAACGCGCUCGACUACAUCGACUUUACGCGCACUCUGUUCCAGAAUUAA